AUGUCUUACUACUAUCAGGACGGCCAGACCCACCCGCAUCCCAUGCAAAUGCCACCUUUACCAGGUCAAGGAAACCACAAUUACCAACAUCACCCUCCGCCACCUGGAAUGAAUGUACCUUCUCAUUAUCCUCCACCGUAUAAUCCUCAACAUCCUAAUUCUGGUUCAUACCAGGAUCCUUCAUUUCAGCCAGAUUCAGCUCCUUAUCCUCCUUACUCCACUUGUCCCAUCAGCCCCAACGACAAGAAAUAUAAGAAAAUAUUGAAACAAAGGAACAAGAAGUUGAAGAAGAAAAAGUCAAAAUCUUCGGGUAGCAGUAGCAGCAGCAGUAGCAGUAGUUCUAGCAGCGGCAGUUCCAGCGACUCAGAUUAA